UCGUACAGUAGCUAUCAAUCAUCUUCAAAAGUCAAUUCAAUUUCUAGGGUUUCUCUUUGUCUACGGGCCAUUUUCAAUUCCAAGGACAACGAAUCGGGUGCGGAAUAUCUGCCACUGCCAUUGAUAGCUCAAGCAAAGCUCACGGUAUAGGAUAAGCUUUUCAUGUCCAUGGCGGCAUUGCAAAUGUCCCGUGAGUGGACGGGUCUCCAGCAGUUUCCGUCUGCUACUCAAUCUAAAUUGCUCGAGGUCUUGGGGAGUUUCAAAGAAAAGGAUAUGAGCACAUUGACAGUACUUGUAAUGGGGAAAGGUGGUGUUGGAAAAUCGUCAACUGUAAAUUCAGUUAUAGGAGAAAAAGCUGUUGCAGUUAGUACUUUCCAGUCUGAAGGACUGAGGCCGACCUUAGUCUCUCGCUCAAGGUCAGGAUUUACAUUAAACAUCAUCGACACUCCUGGUCUUAUCGAGGGAGGAUAUGUAAAUGAUCAAGCUCUCGAGCUUAUAAAACGCUUUCUUCUCAACAAGACUAUAGAUGUACUAUUGUAUGUAGACCGUUUGGAUGUAUAUCGGGUAGAUGACUUGGAUAGGCAGGUGGUGAGGGCUAUAACAGAUGCAUUCGGUAAAGAAAUAUGGAAGAAGGCUGCUGUUGUACUCACACAUGCUCAGUUCUCUCCACCCGAUGUGUUGAGUUACGAUGUCUUUCUCUCCAGAAGAUCCGAUGCUCUUCUAAAGGUUGUUCGGUCAGGUGCCCGAUUGAAGAAACAAGACAUGCAGACUUCUCCGAUACCCGUCAUUCUGGCUGAGAACAGCGGAAGAUGUAAUAAGAAUGAAGACGAUGAAAAGAUUCUUCCAGAUGGGACUGCUUGGAUUCCCAAUCUAGUCAAGACUAUCACAGAAAUCGCCCUCAAUGGAAGCAAGUCGAUCCUCGUUGACAGGAAAUUGAUCGAAGGGCCAAACCCGAAUGAGAGGGGGAAGUUUUUGAUACCUCUGAUUUUCGCAUUCCAAUACUUGUUCAUCAUGAGACCAAUGGUGCGAAGAAUCAAGACAGACGUUGCAAGAGAGAGUAAACCGGCCUGGGAACUCAGAGAUUCCGGUUUAGGCAGUCGCAGGCUUUGAUCUGAGUCUUUCCUCUCUUUCUUUUUUUGGCUUUACCCUUUAACGAAAACGGUAUGUAAUGGAGAAAAAUCUGUUAGUGUGAUGAAGGCUUUUGUGCUAUCUAAGCUGAAUGUUUAUGUCAUGAAUGGAAAAUGUCCAAAGUUUCUUGCUUUAUGUAUUUUGGAUCAUAUCUCCAAAGACAUUUAUAGAGAAUCCGUAUAUUUGUCCUUA